AUGAAGUACAAGAGGACAGUUUCCUGGGCUCCGAACAGCGAGAGGUACUUUGCUCAGCUGUCAGUCCCAUACGACAAGGUAGGAGGAACACUCCUGCACUUGUUCGAGUCGGUCGAGAAGCCAGCGACACCGUACUCAACGAUCCGCCCGGCAUGUCGAUCGGUUUUCACUGAGCUGGACUCAGCCAUAGUCACCUGCUUCGAAUGGUUCCCCACUUCCUCGCUCCCCCUGUGCUUUGCCGCAGGAACGUCAACGGGGAAGGUCGUUGUCUCGUCCUUCGAAUGCUUCGACAAGGAGCCGAGCGCCCCGUUGAGCAUCGUACUGCAUCGAGCGCAAGACAAUCAGAAUGGAAGGACGUGCAGCAGUUUGUCGUGGAAUCCCAUCAAGGAGAACCUGGUCCUGUCUGCCGCCAGUGGGGGCAAGCAGAAGGGAAACACGAGCGUUCAUCUAUGGGACAUCAGCCAAACUGAAAGUCGACACUCCCUCUCUCAGUUCCUCGCUCCGGGCGAGAGUGGGGAGUCGAGCCAUCAGGACGGCCAUUCCAACGUUUCGAGCGUGUCGGAGGAGCUCAAAGAUUUCAAACUGAGAGACAGGAUCGCAGUCGUGAACAAAGAGACGCAGUCGUAUGUUCAGGACGAGAGCUGCUACAGUCUCUCCUGGGUGUACGGGAACGGGGAAAUUGCAGUGGCCGGCUGCUCCAGGUCGUUGAGGAUCCUUGACAUCAGGAAGCCGCAGGAUGAGGUUUACAAGAUCAAGACUCCCGUGCAGCUGCUGUCCAUGGAUCCUCUCUUCGAAACCAGAGUCGUCACCUACUCAGGGGAUCAGACCGACUCUUUCCUGCGCGUCUGGGACCUCCGCAAGUUCAGUCAGCCUAUCAUGCACCUGAGCGCUGCCUCUCAGGUCCGCAGCCUCUCCUGGGCUCCAUCCCGCGCGGGAGUCUUGUCGGCUCUGAUGGGCAGCUCGUCGGAGAGUUACAUCCUCCACUGGCUCCUCCGCAGCAACGAAGAAUUCCUGGAGCUGAUGAGCCAGGAGGAGCUCGCGCAAUCCAGCUCCUCCCGAUCGAGGAACCCCGCCGGGAGCAGCGCGCAAGGGGACGCCCUAUGGGUGAGGAGGAUGGACGUGGGAGGGGAUGAUGUGGUGAGCUACUCGUGGCAUCCUCACCAUCCCGGCCGGAUCUUGACGUUGGGAGCUGACGACUCUCAUCGAGACUUCGUCGUACAUCACAGCGCGAGCUUGUCCUUCUCUCCUAACGGCCCUCUAGCCUUGUCCUCUGACCACAUCUUGGCCGAGACUGGUCUGAGCGAGGGUAGUGUCCAUAUCGGUGACGGCAAUGGCGACAUCUGUGACGUGAUGAGGGAGCGAGCGAUCCGGGGGUACAUGCUAGAUCCGGACAAGAACUUUGACAUCAGCUGCAAGAUGGGAUUCCAGGACGUAGCAAGAGCAUGGCAGCUAGUGGCUCGUAUGAUGGUGAAGGAUGUUGCUGGAGACCCGCAGGUGGGGUCAGCCACCAUCGAGGGGCAGGGAGGCCACAAGGGCCAACCUCGAGAUCUCAUGUUCGGCAUCGCCCAAGUCCUCGGCGCCCUUCCCAAAGGGAAGAGGAUCGAAAAGACCAUGCUGCGAUCUACCAGGGAUCGAGGCGCCGGUAGAGCGACCGGCUCGACGCAGCGGGCGCAGGAGGAUCAGACGAAGGAGUCCAAGUCGUCGGGAGAGUCAGCAGGUUCUGCGAGUGACCUCACGUUCGCGGUCUAUCUCUCCGACGCCCGCCUUCGCAUCCUCAAAGUCUGUGACUACGACUUUGGGACUGGCUAUGACGACGACGGUGACUUUGCGGGCAGCGAAGUUUUGGAGAAGAAGGUGACGCACAUGCUGAGGAAGCAGCUCUUCGAUCAGGCUGCCUUCACGAGGCUCCUCCAGGUGGACCUCAGCUCAGCCCUCGAAUGUCUCCACAAAGGAGCAGCUUUCUCCUCCUCUUCCUCUGAGGCCCUUGCGGCGAGCUACAGCAUGGCAGCGAUGUCCAUGGCAGGCUCGAUCCAUCCGCAGUGCCCGGUGUGGAAGCGAAGCUAUCUGCAGAUGAUGGACUCGUGCAAGUCGCCUUAUCUGCGAGCUUGCUUCCAGAUCCUCGUCAAGGACUAUGAGAGUAUCCUUCGGAGCGAGCAGAUCUCCGUCAGCGACAGGAUCGCCUUCGCCGCUCGCUUCCUCAGCGAUGAGGAGCUGGUGAGUGCGAUCCAGCGAAUGAUCGAGGUCAAGGUGUCGACGGGUCAGCUCGACGGGCUGGUGCUGACGGGGCUGACCAAGGAGGCGAUCCCUCUGCUCAACAAGUUCGUCGAGAACACGGCCGACCUCCAGACGGCUUCCCUCCUCCUCUGCUGCUUCUCCGCAGACGCUCUGCAGGAGGGCAGCAGCAAAGAACCGCGACAGGGCGCGGGGAACAGCAGCAUGCCCGUGUGGGAGCUCUGGCUCGAGGAAUACCGUGACCUGCUCGACCGUUGGCAGCUGUGGGAAGUUCGUGCUGUCCUCGACAUCGCCAUAGCAGAUCGCGUGCUGGUCGCCAGGAAGCCCCCAGCUGAAGUCCACAUCGCAUGCUCGUCAUGCGGCAUGCCCAUCACGCUCGCGCUCAAGGAGACCUCGCAAGCCAACGGAGGGAGUCGACAGGCUCUGGAUGCGAACGAGCACAACUCUCCGACUGUCUGCAGGAGCUGUUCAGCAGAGCUCCCGAGGUGUUGCCUGUGCCUGAUGCCUAUGGGGUGCUCCAACGUGCCGCUGAGCUCAGCUGAGGCGGACUUCCCCCGGCUCCUUCAGGUCAUCUCCGAGACCCCGACGGCGUCCUCCAGCUCAGGCCCAGAGGUCUGCCGACCCCUCUACAGCAGGGCCGAGCUCGACAGCUGGUUCGCCUGGUGCGCUCAGUGCCAACAUGGCGGGCACGUCGCGCAUCUCCGCGAGUGGUUUCGACUUCACCGCGAGUGUCCCGUGUCGGGCUGCCAGUGUCUCUGCCUCUCCUACUCCGACUAUAGAGCUUGA